AAACUAUGGAAUGGAAGCGCUCAUCUCCAGCUGCCGCUGUAAUUUUAACAACUGUAUCUGGAGAACCUGAGGGAACUGGCUGAAUCCCAUGCUUACUCUAAAAACACCCUCAAUGACUGUCCCCCCUCCCCCUACCAUGUGAAGGAAAGGGACACUUCAUGCCCUAAAGUCUGUCAGGAACAGCAGCACGUUUCUUCUCUGCCGCACAGGAAGACUGAAAAAUGUCUCAGGAAGGUUUUGAUGACGAAAACGACCCUUAUUAUAUAUCGGAUUCUGACUUCGUUGCAUACCUGGAAGAUUAUGGUGCCGAGGCAAAGACCAGCUAUGGUAACGCCGGCAUUUCACAACGUCCUGUCAAUGGUAAAAAAAUCAUGACUAAUGAUGAGUCUCUAACUACUAAACAGAGAACCCUAAAUGUCACAAUUCCUUUAAAACACAAGGGAGAGCCGCAGCCACAAACACGUCCAAUAUGUGAAUUAGAUGUGGCUACCAUGAGUCACAACGGAACUGGUAAACAAAGGGGUGUGGAACCGAGCCUUCAAGUUACAACAGCCAGAAGUGAAGGUGUAGUAAAGAGAACUUGGCCUUUUGAAUACCGAACACCUAAAAAACCUAAGAACGAUCCAAAAACUGAAGGCCACAUGCAAAAUCUUAACAGAGAAUGCAGGAUUCAUUAUGUAUCAAAUACACAGCAUGCGCAUGUGCCCCUAGAUGGCAGUCCAGUCUCCAUCCAUCCCACAUCUAUAAAGCCACUGACAAACAGCAACAGGAAGACACCAAGCCAGUCGAAACAUGCCAACAUCAUCAUAAUGGAUAUUGAUAAAGCGCAAUUUCGUGAUAUUCCACUAGGUGGCAGUCAUGAUGCAGCACAGGAUUCACCACCAGAUGGCGACACUGUUAAAAUGAUCGAGCCUACAGCCCUAUUGCAACGUAUAUCUCGUAGAAAGCGAGAUUUUCCCAAAUUUAACAGCGUUAGGCAUAUUGACCAUUUUAGAUUCGUCAACCUAGACAAAAUACAAUCAUUUGAAGAGGCCGUGGACGCCGUGCACAUCGCCAUUCAGUCUCUGCUGGAUCAGGUUAUGGCAGACGUCAACCCUGGUGACUUUGUACAGCUAAGACUUAAAGGUGGACACUUCUUAGACCACGUGUUUUCAUCAAAGCAUCCCCAUACGGAUUUUAAGGCGAAGGUCUUUUUAAACUCGGUUGCCAGAAGCCUGCAUGGGAAUGGAGAGUGCUUAGGUCAUGGCACCCUAACACUUGAAACCACCAUCAAGAAAAACCGAAGAGGUGGUGGAAAACGGCAGCUGAAAUCCAUAGCGUACAGCCAGAUCAUCAAGCAGAAAAGACAAUGGUUAUACGAUUUUAACAAUUCCAAUUCCAAUCUGUGCUUGGCUGCCAGUAUAUAUGCCCUCUUAGCCGACUCCAAUAUUAGCGAUGUCCUGGUCAUGUCUCGCGCCACACAACUGCACAAGGACUUGUCCAUCCCUGACGACCAGCUGGUGAGUUUCAGUGACAUUUCCAAGUUUGAGAAAUAUCUGGGCAUCAACAUCAAAGUUCUAUACCACAACGAGGGCAGCUGGCAAUACUUCCAUACGGAUUCCAGCACAAUGGGCAAAAACGUUUAUAUCUUACACCACGACAACCACUAUUAUGGCAUCAAGAGCGUAAAAGCUUUCCUAGGGGAGGCGUAUUUUUGCCAAAAGUGCAGUACUGUCUUUCAUCACAAGAACAGUCACUCUUGUAAGUAUUUUUGUAAAGCCUGCCAGAGAGACGACUGCACUGAAAGCGCCACCAAAAAACCAAAGUGUCCCAGCUGUCGUGUAUUCUGCCGCUCAAGCGAAUGUUUCGAGCAGCACCAAAGACUGGCCAAAGAUGACAAAACCUUCUGCAAGCCCAAAUAUUUUUGUGACUCAUGCAUGCGGUACGCGGUGAACAACGUUGACCAUGUGUGUAAGGGCCUGACUUGUAACGUGUGCCACGUGAGUCUUGAUCAAUAUGCCAGUCAUCUGUGCCAUAUGCAACAGUACACUCCACCAGACAUGACUGAGAAAUACAUUAUCUUCAACUACGAAUGUCAGCUGGAGAAGAAUGUACAAGAACCAAACUUCAUCUACUGCACUAAGCUGGAUGGGGAAUGUACCUGGGAAUUUGAGGGCAAAGCAUGUCUGCAAGAAUUUGUCCAAUUCUUCACUAAUGGCAAAUUUAAUGGUUUCACCUUCAUUACCCAUGAUGUUGGCAGGUACGACAUUCCCUUUGUCAUCCACGCAUUGAUUAAGGAAAAGUUUCAAGUCAAACUCCUCAUGCAAGACCACCGACUGUUGUGUGCGAGUCUACCAGAUCUGAACAUGAGAUUCAUUGACUUUCUAAAUUUCCUACCUGUGGAUUUCCAUAGUCUACCCACAGCAAUGGGUUUUCCAGGGAUAACGGGAUACUUUCCUAAGUCUUUUAAUACUGAAGCCAACCAGACAUAUGUAGGCCCUUUACCGGCCAAAGAGUACUAUGAUGUUGACUACAUGACAGCUGAUGAUAGAAAGGUAUUCAUGGCAUGGUAUGAGGAACACAAGAACACAACAUUUGAUCUAAAGUCAGCACUGAUAUCGCACUGCGAGCAAGCUGUGGAGGUCCUGAGAAAGGCCUGUGAGCGAUAUCGAGGUCGAGUGAUAGAAACCAGCACAAAACAAGUAGAAAAAUACUGUAAACUAAGAAAGAAAUAUUUUGGCACACUUGAGUGUGUUGACCCCUUUCAGCUGAUUUCCUGUCCCGCUGUCUGCAUGGCCAUGUACAGAUUCAACUUCCUUCCCAAAGACACCAUUGCCAUUUUACCGAGUGAUAAUUACCACAAGACCCAAAAACGAGCCUCAACACCGUCCAUUCAGUGGCUGAUGUAUACCGCCCAUACGGAGAACAUCACCAUACAGCACGCUUUAAAUGGCGGUGAAAAGCGUGUGGGAAAAUACUCGUUGGAUGGGUAUGCUCACAUUAAUGGCCAGGAUGUAGCCUUUGAAUUUUUCUGGUGCUUCUGCAAAAAUAACGACGGCAAGGAUGUCCUAAAAUCUCACUACUGUCAGACGUAUCAGAACUUCUUGACCAAAAAACAAUACCUACUACGCUGUGGAUUCACAGUUCGAGCAAUAUGGGAACAUGAAUGGAAUAAAAUUCUUGAGAAAGAUGGAGACCUUCAAGAUUUCCUUCACAAAAAGAAGGCGCCAACAUCACUACAGGCCCGGGAUGCCCUGUAUGGAGGAAUAACUGAGACUAUUACGCUGUAUCGCAAGGCAGGUCCGGGAGAGACUAUACAUCACUACCAGUAUACAGGUCUUUACCCAUUUGUCAGCAAGACCAAGAGAUACCCUGUGGGCCACCCGGAGAUCAUUUUAGAAAAAUUUGGUCCCUUCAGCCAGUAUUUUGGCAUAGCUAAAGUUAAGAUCUAUCCACCGAGAGGUUUGUUUUUUCCAGUUUUACCCAUGAAAAUUUAUGAAAAAGUGUUAUACACGCUAUGUUACACAUGUGCCGUGAACCUUCAGGGGCAGCCAUGUUCCCACAGUGAUGAGGAACGCUCUCUAACAGGUACAUGGUGCACCAUAGAGCUACAGAUGGCUGUGGAGAAAGGUUAUAGGAUAGGACAUAUCUACGAGAUUUGGAAUUUCCCUAAUACCACCGAUGAACUUUUUGCACCCUACAUUAACUUACACCGUAGAGAUCACCAAGAGGCUUUGGGUUACCCCAGUUGGUGCACAGAUGAUAACAAGAAGAAGCAAUACAUUGACGCCUUCCUUGAGAAAGAAGGUAUACAGUUACGGGCUGACUGUAUCAUGGCUGAUCUGGCUAAGAGGAACCUAUCUGACCUGUUCAUAAACUCCUUAUGGGGCAAAUUUGGUCAAAGGUCUAAUCUACCACAAACUAGCAUUGUGACUGACCCUGAUGAGCUUUUUCGAUAUGUUUUCCAACCGUCCUAUGACGUCUCCGUCCUAAAUUUCAUAGAUGAUGAAACCGCAGCCGUCAAUUGGAGAUUCACCAAGGGCCACCACAUGGCCAGCAAGAACGCAAACGUCGUUAUAGCCAGUUUUACCAUGGCUCAUGCCAGGCUACAAAGGUUCAGGCUUCUGGACAGACUACAGGAGAGAUGUCUCUAUUAUGAUGCCGACUCUGUCAUUUUUGUAAGCAAAGAUGGGGAGUGGAACCCACCUUUAGGGGAUCACUUGGGUGAACUCACCAGCAAGGUGCCAAAUGGCACACACAUCACAGAGUUUACAUUAGUUGGGCUCGAUACCUACAGCUACAGACUGGACUCAGGUGAAGCCAUCUUUAAAGUUAAAGGGUUGACUCUGUAGAGAAGACUCGGGUCAUUAACUUUGAUAGCAUUAAAGACCCGAUCCUUGAUGAUUCAGAGUGACUUAGAGAUACUUAAAGGGUUUGUACCAACACCUAUCCACAGGAUAAAGAAUGGACCGCUGGGACCCCAACCAACCAUUAGAAUGAGUCUCAGGAGUACUCAAUGAAUGAUCGAUAUAUUCUAUGGUAGACCUGAGAUUUUGGUACAAUUGCUCUAUGAUACAUAAAAGCCCUUCUAGACAAAUUAUAUACGUUUUAAUUAAAAGCAUACGUGUUAUCCGGCUCGAAUACUGCAGCUGCUCUCCUCAUGUGUCCCCAAGACAACUCUUCCUGCCCGUGAUCUGCCCACGUUUAGAUCUGCCAGGGCAACAUUGUGCAUCUCCAAAUCAUUAUCCUCAUCCAUGUGUAUAAUAACCUCCAUAAUUCGUACCUCUCACUCCCGUCUUCAAGACUUUUCUCGAGCUGCAUCUACUCUCUGGAAUACUCUGCCCCCGAAUACUAGGUCAAUUCACAACUUCUCCACC